GCUCAUCUUUGUGCUGCGAUGCUAGCUUGGCUAGCAGCCAGCUCGGCUCGGCCUCGGUGGCAUGGAUAUAGAGACUGCUUUCCACACGGUUGGAGAGUUUGGGCCGUACCAGAAGCGGGCGGUCACCGUGCUGGUUCUGGCGCAGGUCUACAUGGCCUGCCAGUCCAUGCUGAUCGUUCUGGUCGGAUACACACCAGAGUAUCGGGUCGAGAAGCAGGACGGUGGUUCGUCCGGCCACCGGGAGCUGCAGCAGCACGUCAUCUUCACGGAGGAUGUGGACUCCAUCGUCACGGAGUGGGUCCUCAUCAGACAGCAGGCCUAUAAGGUCAGCCUGGCCGGGUCGCUGUUCUUCACCGGGCUGCUGGUGGGGAAUGUCGUCUUCGGGCCGCUCUCUGAUCGGAUCGGACGGAGGCCCGUCUACCUGACAGGUCUGUUCUUUGAGGUGAUGUUCGGCUACCUCACCGCCCUGGCGCCCAGCUACGAGGUCUUUGCCGCCUCUCGGCUCCUGGUGGGGCUGAUGAACGGCGGCAUCGGCCUCGUCUGCUUCGUCCUCACCCAGGAGUACGUGGGGAAGUCCUACUGGGCCAUGACCGGGACGCUGACCAGCAUGAUCUUCGCCGUCGGCAUUGCUCUGUUCGGAGCGCUGGGCUACUUUGUCCGGCCCUGGAGGACUCUGGCCAUGGUGGCCAACUCCUCCGGCGUCCUGUUCUUUCUGCUCUCUGUAACUCUUCCAGAAUCUCCUCGCUGGCUUUAUUCUCAGGGACAGACGGAGCGAGCCGAAGAGGUUCUGCGCUACAUGGCGGUGAGGAACGGCAGCAACGCCACCAACCUGGUUCUGCAGCGGGUCGGCGCCGCCAAGCCCGGCGGCCCGGUGAGCAGGCGGGGCGGCGUCCUGCAGCUGGCGGUCCAUCCGGUCCUGCGCCUCAGGACGAUGGUGCUCAUGUACGUGUGGUACUGCUGCAGUCUGGUGUAUUACGGCCUCACCCUGGGAGCCAGCGCCACGUCGGGGAGUCGCUUCGUUAACGUGGCCAUGUACGGCCUGGUGGAGCUGCCGGCCUAUCCGCUCUGCAUCUACUUCAUCAAUAAGAGCUGGGCCGGCAGGAGGAAGAGCAUGUCCAGCUUCCUGUUCCUGGCCGGCUCCGCCUGCCUCUGCACCACGCUCAUCCCAGAGAACUCAGGGUCUCUGCUGAGCAUCACGUCUCUGGCUCUGCUGGGGAAGCUGAUGGUCAGCGCUGCGUUCAACAUCGCCUACGUUUACACCUCAGAGCUCUACCCGACUGUGAUCAGGAACGCCGGGCUGGGAGUGUGCUCCAUGUCCUGCCGAGUCGGAGGAAUCCUGGCGCCGUUUGUUCCCUCCAUGCGCGCGCUCCACGCCUCCAUGCCCUUCACCGUGUUCUGCCUGAGCGGUUUGUCUGCAGGCUGCCUGGGCCUCCUGCUGCCCGAGACCCUGAACAGACCUGCAGCCGACACUCUGGAGGAGCUGAGCGGCCCGAGCGGCAGCCGGGUUCUGGAGAACAAGGCUCUGCUGUACGAAGAGGAGAAACUGAAAUCAAACCACAAGUGAAGCUCUGGUCUUCGUUUCGGUCCAGAGGGAGCGGCCGCUUCAGAGCGGCGUACCGUCCCUUUAAGACGGGGAGUCUCCGGGUCGCCGCCUGCAGGGUUCUCCUCGGUUCCUCUCAGGUUUUUCUCUCCUGGCUUCAGUCCAGAUGUUGCUGCCGCUGGCAGGAAGUGAAGCACAAACUUUAAACAUUCCUGUGGCCAGAGAGCCAGGUCAAAGUUCACUGAACCCAGAAGCUGAUGAUCAGCUGGGAAACGUGAUCUGCUGGGAGCAGAGCUUUAAUCUGAGCCGGGACCGGGUCGUGGUUCUGAUCCGUUAGAGAAACUUUUUUCGCUUUCAGUGAAAGCGGUGAUGUAACGCGGUUUAAUGGCGGCUCAAGUGAUGGAUCAAGUGAUGUUUCAUAUUUUCCAUGAAGCGUUUUAUAUGAAUCAAGCUUCUACUGCCCCCUGGUGGCUGCCAGUGCAGGCCAGGAAGCCGAGCCGGACGGAAUCAGAUUAUUUUUAAAAGCAGAGGUGAUGCUGAGUCACUGGCUGCUUUGGCUUUUUCAGACGACCAGGAAGUGAAAGUGAUCAGAUUGAAGCCGCAGCAGAAAGUUUCAUGAUCACAUGUAGAUCUAAUCUGACCUGUUUACACGUUGAAAUCGAGUUUUUCACAGCUUCCUGAACUCCAGUGGAUGUUUUUCUACCGGAAAUCAUUUUGAACUGCAGGAGAAACUGUGGUUGGUAAUAACUGUUCCUCUCUGAUGUUCAACAGCCAUAAUGAGAACCAGACACUCAAAAACACCAAAUAUCACCAAGGAUUUCUGUCUGGUUUCUGGUCCAAACGUCUCACUGGACAUCAGACAAAACUAACUUACACGUACAUUUUCAGCAAGAUAUUGAUAGUUUUAAACUGAAUGACAGACAUUUUAGUGAAAUACUCAGCUGGUGUAACUCGUUGUUAAAUUGUUUCCUUAAAUUAAUCUCCUAUAUUACAUUGGAAAGUUACUUUAAUCAUAUUUCAAGUGCACUAAGAUAUUUACACAAGAACUAGACAGAAAUUCUUGGUAAUAUUUUGUUUUUGCUGCGUUCAUGUUUAUCAUCAAACAUCCUGAAAACAACCAAUAAUAGAUUUAUUUAUUUCCUGUUUACUUCCUGAUAUUCCAUAAAACGUCACUUUUCCCAGCCAGAUUUCAGACCAACAUCAGGUUCAGGGUUCAAACUAUCAGAGUUUUUCUACUGAUUGAAUCCUAAAAUUGGAAUAAAAACCUUUAAUUUUUGAUAAAAGCCUCUAAAGAUGAAUUCCUGGUUCAUGUUGCAGCGUCUUUAACUCUCCUAGGUCAGAAAAUCUCUGAACUUUAAAUCUGCACAUUUAUGGGACCAAUCCUAAAUAUUUGAAUUUGAUUUAAAAGUUAGUUUUGUAGUAAAUUCUGAUAUAUUUUGACAUGUUAAAUCCUGUUUUUUUUUCCAGUAAUAAUGGAUGUAAAAUGAGUUGGAUUAAUGUUCAUUUUAAUGAUAAUUAAGGAUUUUUUAAAGGGAUCAAAGCUCCUGGACUAAAAACACUGCAACAUUCCUGAAAGCCUUUUGUUUACUCUGUAAAUACUGAAAUGAAUAUAACGUUACUAAAUGGAUGUUAUUGUAUUUACAGGAAUCUUUGGUUUAACUUUGAGUAAAAAUAUGAAUUUUCUCUUCCUUUGUUCUUCUUUUCUGUCUUUGUGGUUUAAUGAGCAGAAAAAUCUUCAUCAGUUUAAAACUAGAUAAUUUCUCUGCCUUAGAUGAAUCAACACUCAUCCAAACCUCUGAAGCACGGUAAAGCAGGUGUCAUGCUGUGGGAAUCUCUGAUCCUGAGGUUUGUGGUUUGAAGUCAGUGGGCCGAACCGGACCAGUAAGGAGAGCUGGGUAAACACGAUGGAUGCAUUUUAACUGGUACCAGAAGUGGGUCGAGAAGACAAAACUAAAAACAUUUUACAAUAAAUGUUGAAGAAAAAUAUAGACAUUGAUGUUUAUUUGUUCAGCCUGAAACAAAACAUUACAAAUCUGCAAAAAUCCUUUCCGAUUUUCACAAUUGCGGUGUUUCUAUUAAAAAAAUGUAAAUAAAAUGAUGAGAAUAAGUUUAACAGAAUAAACGACCAGCUCACUGUUAUAGAAACCUCAGGCAGUAGAAAUGAAGAUUUCUCUGGAGGUUAAUAUCCAGAUAAAUGAAAUGAAACGACUCAGAGCGGUGGCAUGCAGCUCACCCUGACUGGACGACUAACAGGAAGAGAAGUUAGCAGAACAACGUUGUGAAAAGGGAAACAAGAAGAAGACAAAAGAGACGUUUUUAUGUCUCUUGGUAAUGUUGAUCAAGACUACUGAUCUUUAAAAUGUCUGACUGCUAAUUGUGAUUUUAGCUGAUAUAAAUUGUUUUACCUGUAGCUAAGGACAGUGGUUCUUAGAGGCCUCCUGGUUCUGUUGGGUCUCAGUCUGUUCAGAUAUUCAGUAAAAAGUUUCUUUCUUCUUCCUACUCCUUUUCAAACAUGUUGAGAUUACUGUGGUACAAAAAUGCCUUUAGCAUUCCUUGUUCUUGUGCAUGAUUUCAUACCAUCAUCUUCAAAAUAAAGUUUCAUUUCAUUCUUCAGAUCUUUGGACCGUCUGAAUAAACUGUAAGUUUGUUUUGUUUCCUACUUGAAUUUUGUCUUCAGGAAUUUUCCUGCUUGUUUCUCUGAUGUUCGGAGAAAAUGUUCACUUCUGAUUUCAGAUCAACGUUUAAUCUGUUUGAAGAUUAAUCUACAGGAUUAUUGAUUAUUGAUGAACAGGAAUCAAACAUCACGAUGAUCAGCUGAUGAUUCUUUGGUUUCUCUGAACAAACUUUCUGUCCACCAUUAAAGUCAGAUGCAACAACUUCCA